AUGAAAGAGAGGGUGAAGAAGUUUUUACAAAAUAGAGAAGUACGUAAGUUGUCAUAUGAUACAAAGUUAAAGUUUUUAAUGGGAAAAGGAUUGAAAGAAGAAGAGAUUCAAGAGAUGAUGAACACACAAGUUGUAGUUUAUUCUGGAUUAAAAUAUAUAAUGUGGAUGAUUGGGAUUGGAGGAGGAAUUGUAAGUGUUGUGAUAAUAAUUGAAAAGUAUAUCAUUCCAUGGUGGAAUAGAAGAAAAAUUCAAAGAACACACAAAGAAAAGAUAACUAUCAAAUUAACACAAGAAAUAUCAACAACACCAUCUCCAUCAAAUAAUGAAGAAGAAAAGCCACAAAAAGAAGAAUAA